CUUAUAGGCGCCGUCCGUCACGAUAAAGUAAGAACGGGGAAACUGGCGGAUUGGGUGUGUGCGAACGAACUUCGUGUCAAUUUUGCCGGUUUGUCGCCGAAAUUGACAUUGUCAGGACACGACAAUUCGCAGCCGAUGACAACAAGCCCUGGCCACUGGAAUUGUAGGAAAGGUUUGAUUAAAAGCUGACGAAGUUACAUGCAUCGACGGAAGGAAAUUUAGUCCGAACGGAAGUGUUGCCUUGAGGCAAAAAUCACCAUGGUGAUUCUCACAAAGGGAGACUGUGUUUGGCUGGAGGAUCCAAGGAACUCUGGGUCCAAUGUGCCGAUCGGGGCAACCGUCAAAAUCGCCCAGUCGGGACAACUACAACUGUUGGACGAUGAGGGCAAAGAUCAUUGGCUGUCUCGCGACGUGGCCUCCAAGUUGCGCACGAUGCACAUUUCCUCCAAAGAUGGAGUGGAGGACAUGAUCAGACUUGGUGACCUUCAUGAGGCUGGUAUCCUGCGCAACCUCCUCAUCCGAUACAAUGACAACCUCAUAUAUACGUUCACCGGUUCCAUCCUGGUAGCCGUCAAUCCAUACCAGGUUCUACCAAUUUACAACGUUGAGCAGAUCAACCAGUACAAAGACAAACGCAUCGGGGAGUUGCCCCCACACAUCUUUGCCAUUGCCGACAAUGCUUACUACCGCAUGAUACGCGGACAGAAGGACCAGUGUGUCAUCAUUAGUGGUGAGAGUGGUGCCGGAAAGACAGAGAGCACGAAACUCAUCCUUCAGUUCCUGGCAGCAGUGAGUGGUCAACACUCGUGGAUUGAGCAGCAAAUCAUUGAAUCCAACCCAAUCAUGGAAGCCUUUGGGAAUGCCAAGACGAUACGGAACGAUAACUCCAGCCGAUUCGGCAAGUAUAUUGACAUCCACUUCAGUGACCGGGGCGUGAUCGAGGGAGCCAAGAUUGACCAGUAUCUGCUAGAGAAAUCCAGGCUGGUUGGACAGCUCCCAGAUGAGCGUAAUUACCACAUUUUCUACUGCAUACUGAAAGGCUUGACUCCAGAUGAGAAGAGUAAACUUGAACUUGGUGAUGCUGAGGAUUAUACAUACCUUAUCCAGGGUGACUGCAUAUCCUGCGAGGGCCGUGAUGACCAGAAAGAGUUUGCUGAUAUCCGCUCUGCCAUGAAGAUUCUGACGUUCACCGAGACGGAAAUCUGGGACAUCAUGCGCCUCCUGGCUUCCAUAUUGCACUUUGGAAACAUCGACUAUGAGGCCAUUGAGGCAUCCAACCUGGAUGCGACGGGCUUCCACAGUCAUCUGGAAACGGGAAGGAUCUCAAAGCUACUGGAGAUAAACCAACGUGCCUUGGAAGAAGCACUAACCACGAAGUCGACCACAGCACAAGGGGAGGUCAUCAUCUCGCCGGUCAGUCGCCACAAGGCCACCGAUAUGCGGGAUGCUCUUGUCAAGGCCAUCUACGGCCGCAUGUUUAUCUGGAUUGUCAACAAGCUGAACGAGGCCACCUACAAGCCUCCCCAGGACCGCAACGCCACGCGACUCAGCAUCGGGCUCUUGGACAUCUUUGGCUUUGAGAACUUUGGCAAGAACAGCUUCGAGCAGAUGUGCAUCAACUACGCAAACGAGAAUCUUCAGCAGUUCUUUGUCAGACAUAUUUUUAAGUUGGAGCAGGAAGAAUAUGACCGGGAGGGCAUCAAGUGGCAGCACAUCAAGUUUGUGGACAACCAGGAGACCCUGGACAUGAUUGCAGCCAAACCCAUGAACAUUAUUGCCUUGGUGGACGAAGAAAGCCGCUUCCCUAAGGGCACAGAUGCCACAAUGUUGAAUAAGUUGAACGGGCAGCACGGUCGCAACCCUCUCUUUGUCCGUUCCCCGGGGGCCCGCAGCACCCAGUUUGGUAUCAACCACUUCGCUGGGACUGUGUACUACGAAGCUGUGGGUUUUUUGGACAAGAACCGUGACACCUUCAGUCCAGACUUCAUCAAGUUGAUCGAGACAGCCGGCAACAAGUUCUUGCGACGUCUCUUCCAGACGGACAUCAAGCAGAGCGGAGACUCGCGCAAGAAGUCGCCCACCCUGGGCACGCAGUUCAAGAAAUCCCUGGAUGCACUGAUGACCACGCUCAGCCAGUGCCAGCCAUUCUUUGUUCGCUGCAUCAAACCCAACGAGCACAAACGGGCAAAAGAAUUUGAGAGGGAUCUGGUAGUCAGGCAGCUACGUUACUCCGGCAUGAUGGAAACCAUCAGAAUCCGUCGCGCGGGAUAUCCAAUCCGCCACACUUUCAAGGAGUUUAUCGAUCGGUACCGCAUGCUGGUCAUGGGUAUCCAGCCCUCGCACAAGGAGGACUGCCGAGCUGCCUCAACUAAGAUCUGCAAGGCACAUCUUGGCACCCAAGACUGGCAACUGGGCCACCACAAAGUCUUUCUCAAGGACGCCCAUGAUCUCCACCUGGAGCAGGAACGAGACAAAGCGCUGACGGCCCGCUGCAUCAUCAUCCAGAAGACGUUCAGGGGAUGGUUCUAUCGCAAACGCUUCCUGAAGAUGAGGAAGAGCGUCACCAUCAUUGCCAAGGCCUGGCGCAAAUAUGCACAGAGGAUCCGCUAUCUCAAGAUGAAGCGUGGCUAUCAGCGUCUGCAGGCUGUGCUGCGUGGGAGAGUGCUGAGCUAUCGCUACCAGUUCAUGCGGAAAAGACUUCUGAAGUUCCAGGCUCACUGUCGCGGACACCUCGUCCGUGCUGAGAUCAGCCACUACCUGACCAGCAUUAUCAAGAUCCAGGCUGGUUUCCGUAUGGUCCUGCAGCGCCGCCAAUACCAGAAGCUGUUGGCAGAUUACCGACGACGCAAGGAGGCGGAGCGCAUCCGUCUGGAGGAGGAGAAAAAACUCAAAAAGCAGAUCGGAGCCAAGAAAGCAAAGGAGGAGGCCGAGAGACGUAUGCAGCAGCGCAUCCUGGAGAUGGAGGAGGCAGACAAAAGACAGGAACUGGAGGAGGAACAGGAACGCAUCACCAAGAUGGAGGCCAUUAAGGAAGCCGAGAGGAAACGCAACACGGAGCAGUCCACGGCCGAGGUAGUGGACGAUCUCUUUGGGAUAUUUGAUGACGACGGACAGCCAGACCGCGCCCCUAGAGGAUUUGAGGAUUUGGAGAAGUCUCGCCGGGCAGCCAUUGAGUUCGGCCCAGAUGAUGAUAUGAUGGCGCCCGCGGUACCCGAGUCUGAAGAGGACAUCUCUGAGUACAAGUUUGCCAAGUUUGCUGCCACGUACUUCCAGGCCGGGGCCAACACAUCGUUCAUCAAGCGUCCCUUGAAAGAACCACUGCUGGACCUGAGGAAUGAGAACGACAGACAGGCUGCCUUGGCGGUAUGGAUCACCAUUCUUCGCUUCAUGGGAGAUCUGCAGGAGCCCAAGGCCCAGUCCGCUUUAGCCGACAGGGAUGGUAAGUCCGUCAUGACUAAAAUCUACAACACUCUGGGAAGGACGCGAGGGAAGAAGGAACUGGAGGAGGCCAGGGAGAACAUGAAGGAUGAUGGCAUGCAACCGCCGUCCAUGCAGGUGGGUACCGGCCGAACCAAUAAGAGCACCAUGCGCAAAAAGCUGGUGUCCCUGACUCUUAAGAAGAAGUCAAAGAUUACCCAGGAGGUGGCGGAGCGGAUCCGCGAUGGCGACGAAACAGAGUACGGCAACACCAUGGUGAUUGACCGGCCCACCUCCAACCUGGAGAAGUUGCAUUUUAUCAUCGGACACGGCAUCCUGCGGCCGGAAUUGAGGGAUGAGAUCUACUGCAUGAUUUGCAAACAACUGACCAACAACCCUUCCAAGAGUAGCCAUGCCAGGGGCUGGAUCCUGCUGUCGCUGUGUGUGGGCUGCUUUGCACCGACUGACAGGUUUGUGAAGUACCUGCGUUGUUUUAUCAGCGAGGGUCCGCCAGGCUACGCACCAUACUGUGAGGAGAGGCUGCGACGAACCUUUGCCAACGGGCCCAGGACACAGCCACCCAGCUGGCUGGAACUACAGGCCACCAAAUCUAAGAAGCCCCUGAUGUUGCCCAUCACCUUCAUGGAUGGCACCACUAAGACCCUACUGGCCGACUCGGCCACCACAGCUAGGGAACUCUGCGGCCAGCUGUCAGACAAGAUCGCCCUCCGAGACCAGUUUGGCUUCUCUCUCUAUGUGGCUCUCUUUGACAAGGUGUCGUCAUUGGGUAGCGGGGGCGACCACGUCAUGGAUGCCAUCUCGCAGUGCGAGCAGUACGCCAAAGAGCAAGGCGCGCAGGAGCGCAAUGCCCCCUGGCGCCUGUUCUUCCGCAAGGAGAUUUUCGCCCCCUGGCAUGACCCUACAGAGGACCCCAUUGGGACUAAUCUGAUCUACCAGCAGAUUGUGCGAGGAAUCAAGUUUGGGGAAUAUCGAUGUGAUAAGGAUGGUGACCUGGCCGGCAUAGCUGCCCAGCAGUACUACGUGGACUACGGAGGGGAGAUGAUCUACGAUCGUCUCACCAACCUCCUGCCGACCUAUAUUCCAGACAGCUCCAUGACAGGCUCCAAGACCACGGAACGCUGGGCACAGAUGGUCAUGAACGAACUUAAGAACAGCUACUAUGUCAAGGAGCACGUAAACAAGAUGCGCGUAAAGGAAGAUGUGGUCAACUACGCCCGCUUCAAGUGGCCGCUCCUCUUCUCCCGAUUCUACGAGGCGUUCAAGUUCUCCGGUCCCAGCCUGCCCAAGAAUGAUGUGAUCGUCGCCGUCAACUGGACUGGGGUGUACGUUGUGGACGACCUGGAACAAGUCCUGCUAGAAUUGUCCUUCCCUGAGAUCACACAGGUGUCCAGUAGCCGGACCGGCAAGCUUCAUGGGCAGAGCUUCACAGUCCUGACUGUCAAGGGGGACGAGUACACAUUCACGUCCUCCAACGCUGAGGACAUCCGCGAUCUGAUUGUCUUCUUCCUGGAAGGAAUGAAGAAGAAAUCUCGCUACGUUGUGGCUCUAGAAGACAAUCCGGAUCAAGGUCAAGGGUCAUCGUUCCUGAGUUUCCAGCGAGGCGACCUGAUCGUCUUGGAGCAAGAGAACGGUGACACAUUGAUGGGGAGUGGUUGGUGUUACGGGGAGAAUGAUCGCACUGGACGCAAAGGAGACUUCCCUGCUGAGUGUGUCUAUGUCCUGCCAACUACAACCAAACCUGCUCCAGAUAUUGUGGCACUUUUCACCAUGCAGCCCCAGGAGAUGUCAGACCGGCUAGGCUCCCACGAGGAAGCCAUGAGGAACGGUGACGCCCACCAGCGGCAACACACCCUGGAGGAGUUUGCCAUUGAUCACUUCAGGCCGCCACCCAAGCGCACGCUCAGCCGCGCCGUCAAGCGUCGCACCAGGGACACUUUGUGGAGUCACAGUAAGGAGCCCAUCCGACAGCCACUCCUCAAGAAACUUCUCAACAACCCAGAGCUGGCAGAACAAGCCUGCGAUGCCUUUGAAGCUGUUCUGAAGUACAUGGGCGACUUCCCGACCAAGAGGUCCUAUCGUCAUGGCAAUGACCUCUCGGAUAAGAUCUUCGAGUCUCCGUUGAAGAAUGAGCCGUUGAAGGACGAGAUCUAUUGCCAGAUUAUCAAGCAACUGACAGACAACAGAGUCAAGUUAAGCGAGGAGCGUGGCUGGGAGCUGAUGUGGCUGGUAACCGGCAUCUUCGCCUGCAGCCAGACUCUCAUGCCUGAGGUCACCAAGUUCCUGCGGUCGGGUACCAACAACCUGGCGGCCGACUGCCAACACCGUCUGCAGAAGACCAUCCGCUACGGCCAGCGCAAAUACCCCCCUCACCUGGUGGAGGUAGAGGCCAUCCAGCACAAGACCACGCAGAUCUUCCAUAAGGUGUACUUUCCGGAUGACACGGAUGAGGCCUUUGAAGUUGACUCUGGUACCAGGGCUAAAGAUUUCUGUCAAAGCAUCGGGCAACGAUUGAGACUGAAGUCCUCAGAGGGUUUCAGUCUGUUUGUCAAGAUUGCUGACAAAGUUAUUAGUGUACCAGAGGGCGACUUUUUCUUUGAUUUUGUCCGCCAUCUGACUGACUGGAUCAGAAAAGCAAGGCCGAGCAGGGAAGGCACUUUGCCAGUCCUGACUUACCAGGUCUUCUUCAUGAAGAAGCUCUGGACCAACACGGUCCCCGGCCGGGACCCAAAUGCUGACGUCAUUUUCCACUACCACCAAGAAAUGCCCAAACUUCUGCGGGGCUACCACAGGGCUAGCAAGGAGGAGGCGGCCCAGCUGGCUGCGCUGCAGUACCGCGUACGCUUCAGCGACGACAAGUCAGAGUUCCAGAACAUCCCGCGCAUGAUGAAGGAAUUGUUACCGGCUGACAUGAUCCGCAGUAUGUCCCCAGAAGACUGGAAGCGGGCUAUAGUUGCUGCAUACAACAAACAUUCGGGCAAGUCCAGAGAUGAAGCCAAGAUUGCGUUCCUCAAGAUCGUUUACCGAUGGCCAACUUUUGGUUCAGCUUUCUUCGAAGUCAGGCAAACCUCGGAGCCCACUAUGCCGGAGAUUCUCCUCAUUGCAAUCAACAAGCUUGGCGUCAACCUGAUUGAUCCGCGCAGCAAGGAGACUCUGGCAACUUACCCUUUCACUAAAAUUUCCAACUGGAGUAGCGGCAACACCUACUUCCAUAUGACCAUCGGUAACCUGGUACGGGGCACCAAGCUACUCUGCGAAACAUCCCUGGGUUACAAGAUGGACGACCUUUUGACCUCUUACAUCAGCCAGAUGCUGACGAACAUGAACAAGCAGAAAGCCAACAAUCGCAAGUAAAAAUAUGUACAAACCUUUCCAAAAACUUCUUAACAGUACUGAUAAGUGCAACAUUCCAUUCAAGUUACUAUUUGCGGACAAGUACGGAGUAAAUUUUCCCAAAAGACGUUUUUUUGUUUUGACUUUGCCUUCCUUUCUGACUCUGGAAAGAUUUCAGAGCCUUUAAUCUUAAAAUUGAAUAUUGGUUGGUUGCAUAAAGCCAAAGCUGAAACAAAGCCUACGUUUCGAAAGCACCACUUUUGAGAGCUUUGUGAAAAAGUUAUGGUGCCAAGCCUGGAAACAAAAGGUGAAGUUUAAAAAAUAUCCCUGAUCUGGCUUUAAGUUUAUCAACCACUUUUGACAUCUUUAUCCAGGUUUAUACCAAACUAAACAAUUUCAACUGGUUCUGCCUAGUUCAAACCGGCUUAGAUGUUCCACUGCAAUAUAGUACUUUUUGCAAACUGAACAGCAUGAUUUUUGUGAUAAUUAAGAUUGGUUCAGAUGUCACUUUGUCAAUUUUUUUAUAAGAUUUGGUUGGUUAAUUGGUAUGUCUGAAUGGAAGCUGUAUUAAAAAUGUAUGCUUACAAAAAAUGUUGUCGGGCUAAGCAGUCUAUCUUACAGGAAUGAAUGGCCUCAGCCUUCAAAUAAAGUUUCUGAAAAUAUGGAUUUUUUUUAAAAAUAAGUAUUUUUUUUUGAAAAGUAUUUUACAAAACAAAGUUAAUAAAACACAUCCAACAACAUUGAAUGUGGUAUUUAGGGGCCAUGCUGUCCUCUGUAAGUUUUGUAACUAUUUUAAGUUUCAAUCAAUUAAUAUCUGGUUCCGGGAGAAAUUUAAAUUAGAAUACAGUGAAGGGUAUUUAGACAUAAAACAAAUGAUCAGAGUGAUCGAAUUAGUCAGGUAUUCAGAAUCUUUAUUGUUAAAAUCAUGUUAUUUUUCUUGUACAUGCAUUGCAUUGUUGAUGUUUCUAUGGUGAGUUUAUGUCUCAUUUGUUUCUUUUGAUUUUUUUUUUGUUAAGAGAACUUUAGUUGUUUGAUUUGAGCAUGUAAUUAGAAGCAUGAUUUUUGAGAUGGGUGGUUCCCAAUUUAAGUGGAGUAGAGAUCUCAAAAGUAAAGGAGCAAAAUUAUAAAACCUAAACAGAAUAAGAGGUUAUUUUCCAGCAAAUCUAUUCAUGACUUCAAAUAACUAAAUAUUCUAUCAAAUUGAUUGUCAGUUUUUCUUGUAAUAACUAUUUAUUGAAAUUCUUGUUUUAAAAAGUUUCUGUAUUCAGCUACAGAUGGUUUAUCCAUAAGAGACAGUUCUUUUGCAAAAGCUUUAAGAAAAGUUUACCCCAUAAGUUCUUUUCAGUUUCAUUUAUUCCAUUUCUAUUCCUAAUAUGCAAAGAUUUAAUUUUUCCUCGAUUUUUUGUUUUGUUGGAUUUCACCAUAAUGUGCCUCAAGUAUAAUUUUUGUAUCAAAGGAAUGAGAAAUAAUCGCAUUCACAUGCAAGAAAGAACCCGAAAAAGUUUCUGUAUUUGCCAUUUUUGAUGCAAUAUGUUAUGUACACGUAUUCAGAAAAAUAUAUUUUAGGUACUGGGGUACCUAUGCCACUAAUUAUGGCCAAUCAUUGUAUAUGCCUUUAAAAACUCAUAUUUCCUUCAGUAGUAAUUUGUGUCACUUCUUUUAACUUUUAUGCAUUUUUUUUAUACAGAACAUGAAACGGUUGUUAAACUGUAUCCAAAUCAUUGUAUUCAUAACUAAAAUGUGGGCAUUUACAGGUAGUCAGGGAACCGAGUACCCUAUUGAAUUAAAACACAAUACUCUUAAAAGACAGGCUUAUCAAAACUCAAAAAGACAAAACCCACAACUCCAGUCCUCAAUAAAAACUUAACAGUGUGUGGAUAUCGGCGGUUUUUGAAGGGCUUGAUAACUGUAAUUUUCGCAAGCACCAUCUGUCAAUCUGUUAAAAUGCUUGGGUACCUAGUUCCAAACCAACCCAUAGAAAAGGUCAAAGAAAAUUCUCCCAAAUUCUGUCGAACAUUACUGUGUGUAAUUUUGGAAAACAAACAUUUUCAGUUACUUCUAGAACGUAUGUCGUCUUUGCAAAUUUGAAAGGUUAAAGCUAGUGCAGGUUUUAUUGUAACAUCGAGAGUAUUAGGUAAUUGUCUACCCAAACUUAACUUUACAUACUGAUUGUAUUCACAAGCUACAAGUGGUUAAAUUAGGUUUUAUACAAGUACAUGAGAACUAUUUCGAUAUUUUUUCACCUGAAUUUUAUGUAAAGUAUAUUCAGCAUGAAAUUCAGAAAAGCUACAGACAUUCAGAAGAUUUUCAAUUUUAGAGAUCGUGUGAAUUAAUAUCCUAUCAUACAACUGGGAAAGUUUGUAUUCAUUUUGGUAUUAAAAAAAUCAGGGUUGUAUGAAUAAAAUAAUAUAAGUAGUCUACUUAUCAAUGUGUACUUAUGAUAGACAAAUUUGUAUAUUAGCUCCAUUUCAAAUCAUUGCUGCCUUUUGAAAAAAGAGAAAUGUUCAUGUUUUGGGGAAAGUUUGUGUAUAUUUAUGCUAUUUCUAUUUUAUGCUUUUUUGAUAAAUAGCUAUCGUGAAAAUAAGUGGAUUAAUUAUAGUGCCUUUGAUAUCAGUUAUUCUUAUACAGUAAUUUCAUAGAUUAACUUUUGUGAUGAUUUUUUCUUCUUUUUCUAAUGGAUUCAAGAGUUUCUGAUGAUUAGAUGUAGAAAUGGAUUUGAUUUGAUGAGAGAGGCGAAAUAAAAUAUAUACUUAUACUUACCAAGAA